CCCACUUAAAUCCUUUUCACUUCCUUCGAUCUAGGCCGAGGUCAGAUGACAGAACGCAAAACCAAACACAACGCGGCAAAGCUCUAAACCAAUUCCUCUUUGGUCUCUCUCUCCCUCUCUCUCGUUAGCUUCAUCCAUGGCCGAACCUCCUCCCUCAACACUGGCCGCCGCGCCGGGAUCUAAUCCUCCUUCGGAACCCGGAAACGGCGUCCCUCAAUCGGAUCCAGCUCCCGCCCCAUCUCCGGCGCCACCACAGCAACCACAAUUCUCGAUCGCUCCCCCGCCCAACCCUAACCCUAACCCCAACCCCAGUCCUACUGUCAACUCCACCAAUACUCUGGUUCCGCCUCCUCCGCCGGCCUUUCCUUCUGCCUACGGUCUGCCACCGCCGCCUCCGAUGUCUGGCGCGGCUGUGCCGCCGAUGGCACCGUCGUUUCGUCCAAUUCCGCAGUUUUCUCCGCUUCCGAAUUACCAAAACCAGACCGCAAAUGGCGUUCAGCCUCCAGGAGUUAGUUCAGGUACGGCGAUGCCUCAUUAUCAUGUUCCACCUGGUCAGCCGAUGCUAAGACCGCCUUAUGCUACAUUACCCAACGGUUAUCCGCCUGUGCCCGGAUCUACUCCUCAAGGGAUCAUGGCCCCGCCUGGUGGGUUAUUCUUGUUCUGCCUCUCAUUCCGUACUCUGUACCUAUCUUUCUCUCGAUCCAUAUUUAUCAGUUCUGGGUUUUCUUUUUAUGCCCGUACUGUUGCAUAGUAAUCUGUGUGCUGGAUAACUUGGAUGGCAAUGAAGUUAAUUUAAUGAUUAACGAUGUGGGAUAGUUUGUUUUAACAAAAGGUUAUUAGUGGGGAUUUUGGGAGGAAAGGGCAUCGAUGACCCUGGUGUUUUCUCGUACAGUGUCUUGAUUGAUUACGGUUGGAAGGGCUUCAUUGAUAUUGCUUAAGAGACUAUCACCUUCUUCUACAACCCUGUUUUGUGGGCAUCUUUCUGGUAGUUGUAAGGAUUCUUUCCCUUUCAUGGGUUUAUGAAUUGCCAGCAGCAGACCAUGUUAGCAACUGAGUGCUCCUUGGCAUUUUACUCUAAGGUAUUGACCAAUCCUUCAAUUUCAGUCCUUUUUGUUCUCUUCCUGCUCCUUGUGUUUUAAAUCUUAAUUUUGGACAACUAACAGUUGGGAUAAGUUAAAGUAGCUAUAACAUGAUAGUCUAAGACCGGUCAUCCAUAGCUUGUGUGAGUCAGACGUUGAAAAUAUCAUGCUACUCAAUGUCAAUUAUCUGCAAUUUGGUGCAUGGGGUAGUUUGAAAAGGCUGCCAAUAGCAAGUGGAUGCAUGACUGAGGUAAGUGAAGCCCAUUUAACAUAUCUGUGUUUAUGAAUCCGAUCCUGCUCUUCUUGAUCUUUGCCUCAGGUUAUCUGUUCAACUGGUGAUACUUGAUGCCUAUGGUACCGUCUCUAGUGUGAUUUUAUUGUGUGGUAACUGCAUUAAUUACUCUUCAUAAUUCUUCCUUACGCAUAAAUUGUGGUGGGAUGUACAGUUGCUACCAUCUUGUGUUGUUUGUGCUUCUCUAAUAUGUUGGCGUAGUUGUUAUUUUAUCUUAUGCAGGAAUGCCUCGCUAUCCUUCACCUUACCCAGCUAUGAUCCGUCCCAUAUUUUCUCCACGCCCACCUGGUGCACCAGUUGUACUUCCAAUGACUCGUCCUCUUGUUCCAACUAUUCCUGGCGUUCGUCCGAUUAUCCCUCCCAUUAUUAGGCCAGUUAUACCUUCCGUGACACCAGCGGAGAAGCCUCAGACUACAGUCUACGUGGGCAAGAUAUCGCCAACUGUGGAGAAUGACUUUAUGCUCUCCCUUCUUCAGUCGUGUGGAACGGUAAAGAGUUGGAAACGUGCUCAAGAUCCUUCUGAUGGGACUCCUAGAGGCUUCGGCUUUUGUGAAUUUGAAAAUGCUGAAGGUGUUCUCCGUGCAUUACGUCUGCUCAGUAAAUUUAAUAUUGAUGGGCAGGAACUGGUGUUGAAUGUUAAUCAAGCUACACGAGAAUAUCUAGAUCGAUAUGUUGAAAAGAAAACUGAAAAUUUAAAGAAUCUCAUGGAAGGGACGACUAAGCAAGAUGAGGCCUCAAAUGACACAGAGAAGAGUGAACCUUCUGAGUCAUCUGAAAAGGCUGGACCUGUGAAGCCUUCUCCAAAUGUUUCUGAAAAUGACAAUGAAAAGGGUGACAAAGGCAACCAUGACCUGGCCAAUUUUGGUAUUGUCACCACUGAAGAUAAAGAAGGUGACAGGGCAGCACGCGAGAAGCUUUCAAACAUGAUAGAAGAGAGGCUGAAGACCAAACCUCUGCCACCACCACCUCCUCCUCCACCUCCACAACUUCCUAGUGAUGGUUCUGGCAAUCCAAAUAUCGAGCAAACCAAAUCAAGGGAUGGGGACUCGGACAUUGAUGCAUUGAAAAAUGAUGCUGCUGAAGAGAAAAAUAAUGAUGAGACGAGUAGUGAUUACAAAGCAGCAAGUGAACAUGAUAGGCCUGAGGUAAGCUCACCAGACAGGAACAGAAGGUAUGAUAGAAGGGGCAGAGACAAGGACAGAGAUCUUAAGCGUGAAAAGGACCGAGAGAUAGAAAGAUAUGAGAGGGAAACAGAAAGAGAACGGGUUAGAAAGGAGAGGGAACUGAGAAGAAAGAUGGAAGAGGCUGAUCGUGAAUAUGAGGAACGUCUAAGAGAUUGGGAAUAUAGAGAGAGAGAAAAAGAGAAACAACGACAGUAUGAGAAAGAAAGGGAGAAAGAAAAAGAUCGCAAGCGGAAGAAGGAGAUUCUUCAUGAUGAAGAAGAUGAAGAUGAUGAUUCUGGGAAAAAAUGGCGGAGGAGUGUUGUAGAGGAGAAGAGAAGAAAAAGGCAACGGGAGAAAGAGGAGGACUUAGCUGACAGGCUAAAAGAAGAGGAAGAGAUUGCUGAGGCCAAGAAGAUGGCAGAAGAGGAAAAAAUGUUACAGCAAGAAAAAGAGGCACUAAAACUUCCACAUGCAGAUCUUGUGAAUGGUAGUGAGAAGCCUGCUUCUCCUUAUGACAUGUUUAUGGAAACUGCAGAUGAAGUCAUUGAACAGGGUGGCGAGGGUGAUUCUGUUAGUGCCAAUCAUACAGGUGAUGAGGGCGUGCAGAAUGGUGCUAGUGAGGUUUCAACUGUGCCGAUGCUCGAAUCAGAAGUGCAGCAGCAGAGUACUAAUGCUCCAACAAGAAAGUUGGGAUUUGGUUUAGUUGGGUCUGGAAAACGUGCUGCUGUACCUUCAGUGUUCCAUGAGGAGGAGGAUCCUCAUAAGGAGAAAAAAAUGAGGCCCCUAGUUCCCAUAGAUUAUUCAACAGAGGAAUUGCAAGCCGUUCAACCUGUUACUGCUGGAGCUCAACCACCAAAUCUAGCUGCUGCUGCAGAAUAUGCAAAGCAGAUAUCAAAUAUUGCUCCGCGGGAAGAGAAAUCUGAAGUUGAAAGGGACAAUAAUAAACGUUCUCAUAAUAGGUCUGGUCGGCGGGACAAAAAUGAUGAGUAUGGUCAUCAACGAUCCAGAGAAGAGAACAGAGAGAAGAGCGGACGAGACAGAGACCGAGAUCAUGGUCUGGAUAAUGUGAAGACCCCUGAUAAACAGAAGCUUUUAGAUGCAAAACAGCUGAUUGAUAUGAUUCCGAAAACCAAGGACGAGCUAUUCUCAUACGAGAUCAAUUGGACUGUUUAUGACAAGCACUCGCUACAUGAUAGAAUGAGACCAUGGAUUUCAAAGAAGAUUACAGAGUUUCUGGGAGAGGAAGAAACCACAUUAGUAGACUACAUUGUGUCAAGUACUAGGGAGCAUGUUAAGGCUGCACAAAUGCUGGAGAUGCUUCAGUCCAUACUAGACGAUGAGGCCGAGAUGUUUGUGCUCAAAAUGUGGAGGAUGCUCAUCUUUGAGAUUAAAAAGGUGGAGUCAGGCCUGGCUUUGAAGUCCAAAUCAUGAGGUUGGUGAUUUCUGGUUUUUAUCAGAGGGAUACUAUUCAGAUGUAGGACUAUUAUCGUGGGAAAAGAGUAGUAGCAAUGUUCUUUCUCUGGAUUAUGCUCCGAUGAGCUGCUCUGUUGCAUUUGCGAUUUAGAUGUGGAAGACGAGAUUAGAUGUUGAAAGUGUGUUUAGAGGAAUUGCGUGAUGGUUUUGGGCAAGGCAUGCAGAGGGGACUGUUCUACGGGACGUCCUUGGAUAGAAGUUGGAAAGUGAAAUUGUGGUAUUUGAUAUGCAGCUUUUUUGUUCACCAUGCAUUCAAUUUAGUUAGAAUAAAAUAAAUUUUCAGUAUAGCUGCGUCACUGAAGUAUAGCUAUC